GUGACUUACAUAAUAGGAAAAAUUAUGUUAAAAAAAAACUCUACAAUUAUUAUUAUUAUUUUUUGUUUUUGCUUCUCAACAAUAGUUGUAUACGUUCAUAAAUCAGUGAGAUGAAAGGAAUGCCAUAUACUGAAGAAGAAUAUCAACAGAUCUCUAUGAAACUACGAAGAUCUUUAGGUCCUGAAUGGUUAGCACAGAGAGGUGGUCCCAAUGGACGUUUGACUUAUAUUGAAGGCCAUACUGCAAUCAAUUUAGCAAAUGAAAUAUUUGGAUUUAAUGGUUGGACUUCUGAAAUAAAAGAAACUGUUGUCGAUUUUGUAGAUGUGAAUGAUAAUGGAAAAAUAAGUCUUGGUGUUUCUGUUACAAUAAGAAUAACAUUAAGAGAUGGAACAUUUCAUGAUGAUAUUGGUUAUGGAGCAUCUGAGAAUGCAAGAUCGAAAGCCGCAGCAUUUGAUAAAGCAAAAAAACAAGCAGUUACUGAUGCAACAAAACGUGCAUUACGCAAUUUUGGUAAUGCGUUAGGAAAUUGUUUAUACGAUAAAAUAUAUGUUAGUAAUAUUGGUAAAAUGGCAAACCCUCAGAUAAAAUUUUCACCUCAAAAUUUAUAUCGUCAUAUUCAAUUUGAUACACAAAAGCAACAACAGGAACGGGAAGAGCAAAUACAAAAAGCAAGGCAAUUAGAACAACAGAAAAGACAUGAGCAACAGCUUGAGCUACAACGUCAAAGACAAAAUCAGAUGAAACAAGAACAGCAGCAAGCUCAAAUAAAACAGGAGCAAAUAUUACCAGCUACUACAUUUGCGGAGGAACACGUUAUAGAUAAUAAACUUUCAGAAAAUUCAACUGCUACAAAUAAUAACAAUGCAUUAUCUCCAGGCCCAAUUAUGCCGGAAGAUAGUUUUUCCUAUGAAGGUGAUGAUGAGUUUUUUGUUCAAAUGUUGGCAAAUUCUGAAUUUGAAGAAGAGUAAGAAAAUAUAUAAUGAUUACAUAUAAAUGAAGACUACUAAUAAGAUAUUUACAGAGGAGAACUAUUAGGUCUAAUUACACCACAACAGAAUAUUUCACAAAACUCUAUUACGCACUCUGAAUCUCAACUUGGAAUACGACGGUAACAAAAAAAAAAAAAUCUGAUAAAAUUAUUCAUUGGUUUUUAUUUUUAUUAUUAUUAUUAGAGACCCGCCUUUAUCAGAUUUAGAAGAUCAAUCUUGUAAAAGAACGAAAACAUCUCAAACAUAGAUUAAAUAGAUUGCUUAUUACAUAUAUAAAAACGCAAUAUAAAAAACAUAAUUAUUUAUUCUCCUUUCCCCCUCCCCUUUUUUUUUAGACAGAUCUAUUUUAUGAAAUAAAAGAAAAAUAUACUGUCAUACAAGUUUUUAUCUAAAAGGAGGAUAAUUGUUGUAUGAAUAAAA